AGAAGAAUCGAAGUUUUCCGAAGAGAGCAGGUACAUUGUUGCCUCUGCCCCGCGUCGCGCGAGUAUAUAAAACAGUCGCGAGCAGGGUAAUCCUCACAGCCAGCUCACCGGACUGCAACAUGGUCUUCUCCCAUUGGGCUCUCGCUUACCUGAACAGCGUGGUCUUGCUGUGCGGCGGCGUGGCAGGGCAGAGCAGGCAGCUGCCGGUGUGCAAAGAGUCUGAUUACCAUUAUGAAUACACUGAGUGUGACAGCCUUGGAUCCAGGUGGAGAGUGGCAGUGCCCCAUACACCAGAAAUUUGCACUGGCUUACCGGACCCAAUCAGAGGCACAGAGUGCUCUUUCUCUUGCAAAGCUGGGGAGUAUCUUGAAAUGAAGAAUCAGGAAUGUCUGAAGUGCUCGGCGGGCACGUACUCUCUGGGGACUGGCAUCAGGAUAGAUGAGUGGGACACGCUGCCGCCUGGAUUUUCAAACUUUGCUAUGACCCCGACUUUCGAAUUCCACAUGAGUGAGAGUAACUGCUCCAAUUCAACGUGGAUUCCCAAAGGAGAUUACAUUGCCUCCAGUGUUGAUGAAUACACCUCCAUUCUGUCAUAUUCUGUCAACCUCAAGCAGUCUGGCAAAGUCACAUUUGACUAUUAUUACCCAGAUGCUAGGAUCUUCUUUGAGUUUUAUGUUCAAAAUGACCAGUGCCAGUCAGAAGGUAGUCAAAACCAGUGGAUGCAAAUCACAGAAAAUAAAUGGAUUUCUUACAAUCUUGAUCUUCAACGAGGCAAUAAUGUGCUUUUCUGGAAGACAACUGGCCUUUCACCGGACUCCAGUGUACCCAAGCCUGUUCUCAUUAGAGCAGUGGACAUUACAGGAGUUGCCUACACUUCUGAGUGCUUUCCUUGUAAAGCUGGCACAUAUAGCUCCAAGCCUGGCUCUUCCAUCUGCAGUCCAUGCCCAGCAAACACAUACUCAAACAAAGGAGCAACAGUGUGCCUGCAAUGUGACAAAAACAGUUACUCUGAAACUGGGUCUGGAACAUGCCAGAAGCGUCUAUCUUGUACAGAAAAAGAUUAUUUCUACAUUCAUACACCCUGUGAUGUCAAUGGACAGACUCAACUGAUGUAUAAAUGGACAGAACCCAAAAUCUGCAGUGAAGAUAUCAGUGGGUCAGUGUCACUGCCAGCAUCUGGUGAGAAGGUUGAUUGCCCACCUUGUAAUCCAGGCUUCUUUAAAACUAACACUUCAUCUUGCGAGGCCUGCCCUUUUGGAUCUUACUCAAAUGGCACAGUGUGCACAAAGUGUCCUGCAGGUACUGAGCCUGUGCUAGGCUUUGAAUACAAAUGGUGGAAUGUGAAGCCAGACAACCUGAAGAGCAAAAUAUACCGAUCAGAUCUCAGUGAAAGCGAUGAUUUUACGGGUUGGGAGGUUGCCGGAGACUACAUCUACACAACUCCAGGUCUGACUGAUAAUGACUACAUGACCCUCACUUUAAAUGUUCCUGGAUUUAGAUUUCCACAUUCUGUGUCUGAUGACUUCUUGAACAGUGAGCUGGCAAGGGUAACAUUUGUCUUUGAAACCAUAUGUAGCGGCGACUGCAAGUUUUACUUUAUGGCGGGCACGAAUGAAAGGCAUACCAAUUCAGUUGAACAGUGGAGUGACUCUGCUUUCAAACAGUCUUAUACAUACAUUGUGACUUCUAACUACACAACAAGCUUUACCUGGGCAUUUCAGCGUACAAAAAGCCAAUCUAUGGAAAGAAAAUUCAACACUGACAUGGCGAAAAUCUACUUCAUUAAUGUGACAAAUGUGGUAAAUGGUGUGGCGUCACGGUGUCGUCACUGUGCUCUGGGCUCAUCAAAAUCAUGUGUCCCCUGCCCUGCAGGACACUACAUAGAGGUGGACACUGGUACCUGCCAUCAAUGCCCUUCUAACACUUACCUUAACCUGGAGCAUCCAUAUGGACUCAAGGCAUGUCUUCCUUGUGGAGAUCACACCAAAAGCAACCUGAUGCAGACAGCGUGUUUCAAUGACUGUAUAUUUGAAGUAACUAGACAGGAGCAGCUGUUUCACUUUGACCUUAGCCUUUUAUCCAAUGGCACAACAUUUCUCAUGGGCCCAAGAUUCACAUCUAGAGGCCUCAAGUACUUCCACCAAUUCAGCCUCAGUAUCUGUGGAAACGAGGGAAGGCAAAUGGCUGUCUGCAUCGAAAAUGUCACAGAAAGUCGAGGAAUCCGGUCUUACAUCUGUCAGUCAACUAUUUUACCGUCAGAAAUGAGGGGUGUGAGGAACAUCAUUUCAUCACAGCCUUUCAGCCUUGCAGAUAGACUCAUAGGUGUCACAACUGAGAGCACUUUCCACAAUAUCUCCUCACCAGAUGACCUGUUUCCUGGUAAGACUGAAGUGCCCGACAUCAUUUUUUAUUUCAGGUCCAAUGAGAGGACUCAGGCUUGUAAAGAUGGAAGAGCAAGUGCAGUCCGGCUAAGAUGUGAUCAAACAGCGGUGGCCGUAGAAGGAACUGUGAGCCUUCCAAGCAAGUGUCCAGAAGGUACAUGUGAUGGCUGCACAUACCACUUUCUCUGGAUGACAGCACAUGCGUGCCCUCUUUGUUCAGAACAUGAUUACAAAGAGAUUGAAAGCGAGUGUGUCCAGGGAGUCCAGAAAACAACUUACAUGUGGAGGACACCCCGACUCUGUGCUGCAGGUGUGGAAUUACCAAUGGAGAAGGUGAGGGCAUGCAAAUCCAUGAGCUUCUGGAUUAAACUGGGAUUGUCCACAGGCACACUGAUGGCUGUUCUUCUAGUGGCAGUAAUAUGCUACUUUUGGAAAAAAACACAAAAGUUAGAGUAUAAAUACUCUCGGCUAAUGAUGAAUUCUAACUUGAAGGACUGUGAGCUUCCAGCUGCGGACAGUUGUGCCAUAAUGGAGGGAGAGGAUAUUGAAGAUGAUUUACUAUUCUUGACAAAAAAAUCUAUUUUUGGGAAAAUCAAAUCUUUUUCUUCCAAGAGGACUUCUGAUGGCUUUGAUUCUGUUCCACUGAAGACAUCCUCCGGGCAAAAUGACAUUGAGCUAUGAAGCAGGCCAACCCAUCCAGAUCUCAAAAGUGGGGGGAAAAAAACCCUGUAGAAUUUUAAUGUUUUUUUAUUCUUGUGGGCCAACUAAGACCUUCUGCAGAAGACCUUUUCUUUUUAAUAGGGCUGGGAUAAUUUUUAGCUUAUUAACAUUUUACAGAUAAUGACUAUUGUUGAUAAUUCGAACUGACUGCCUCUGUACACCGACUGCACAUUUGCUGUAAACAAGCGCACUGCUUGCUCUGAGAGCCCACCUCACUUGCGUCAGUGACGGUGCUGCUUGUAUUACAGUAUUAAUUUUGUCAAAUAUACAGUGUGGGGUGAACUAAAAUUGGUUGUCUAUAAUUUAGUCCCUGCACUUUGAACUGUACUGUGGCAAAUUAAAAUAGAACAGGCAGGUUCAAAAUCUGCUCUGGUCACUGUCUGUGUUUGCCGGCAUUUUUCUCCCUCAGUUCCAAAAUUGUUAGGUUAGGUUACUUGAUUAUGUGUGUGAAAGUGCCCCACAGUGGACUGGCAUCCCACAGGGUUUGUUCCUGCCUUCCACACCUCUGAAGUGGAUUAAGCAGGUUUGAAAAUGGUUGCGCAGAUAAAUAAAAGGAUUAUUGGAUAGUUCGCACGUAUUAUAAAUAAUGUGAAAUAGGACUUCUGCACUAAGGCAUUGUUUAAACUUGGCUCUGAAAGAAAUGUUAAUUUUCCUGUUGUACCUUUUGUAAAAUAUAUAAAAUACUACAAGCAAAACUUGUAGAAACCUAGAGAAUCAAAUGCGUAUCCUGCACCUCAGGAAAUUUGCAGAUGUUACAUUUCAGCAGACCAAAAACUGGCCACAGCAGUGACUUUUACAUGUCUCUGACUUCUGCCUUUAGCUUGAUUUAUUGCAACAGCUCAUCCUUCCCUGGCAUGUUGUUUAAUUCAUGCAUCUCAUGUUAGGUUAUCUAUAUAGCUAAUGUGAAAAAGUAAGUACCCCCCGUAAAAUGUUUUUCUUUUUACCAUAUAUGGACUUAACAAAGAUUUGAUCUUUGCUUAAAUAGUAUCAUUAGAUAAAGGUACUGUAACUGAAAAAUGCAAUGAAAAUUUUACAUCUCAAUAAUGUAUUCAACAAAAAAUAUGACAUCUGCUCCUAUAACUGUCUAGCACUCUCUGACUUUGACUGUGAGGAAGUUUUUCCCUUUCCUUCAUUUAGAAUUCUUUCAGCUGUGUGAUAUUUGAGGGAUGUCUUACAUGUACAGCUUGUUUCAAAUCUCCCUGACAACAUCUUGCUGGGAUUCAGAUCCAGCCUUUAACUUGACCAAUCUGGAACCUCCAUUUUUUAUUUUCAGCCCUUCCUUGGUGUAUUUACUGGACUGUUUAGUGUCAUUGUCAUGUUACAAGGUCCACUUUCAAUGUAACUUCAGUAUUCUCACAGAUAGUCUCAAAUUAUCCUGAAGCAUCCUCCAGUAGAAUAAAGAAUUCAUUGUAGAUUCUUUGAUUGUGAGCUUCCCAGGCCAUAAUGCAGCAAAACAGUCCCAAACUAUAACAUGCCCCCCACCAUGCUUUACAGCUGGUAUCAGGUUUUUCAGGUCAAGUGCCCGUGACGAUGCGGGUUCUGCUCCAUGCUCCUAUCUUACUUCUUGGAGCCCUCGAACCCGACAUCGUCGGUAAUGUCACCGAUGAGCUAGGCAGUGAAGACAUCAACCAUUGAGUAAGGGAAUGAUGCAAAAAGUGCUAAGUGCUUUUAUUAAAAAUCAACAAAAUCAAAGUGUUCAAAUAAAUAGUGCAGUGCUUUAAAUAAGUCAUUAAAU